AUGAUUAAAAGGUGUGUUGUUUCCGUUUUGAUCUUUUUCAUCUUGUAUUAUUUCACAUUGUUGAAUGUCAAUACUUCUGAUUAUUUUACAUAUUUAAGCAAAAACAAAGUUAGCUUAUUUAAUGAGUCAUUAGCUCAGCUAUUAAAUGCAAACUCGAUAACCAAUAUUCCUGCCGUUAAUUUGAUAACCAAAAAUCAGGAAAUUAUCACUGCCCAGCAUUGUAGAGAUGGCCCAAUAUACAUGGGAACCGAAUAUUAUGUAAACGAUAAGUUGAUCAGUUCCGGCGUAUGGUGCACACUCAAAACGGUGGAUUGUAACAUGAAAACUGGUUAUGUUGUCAGCGGAGUAAACGGAGUUGUGUGCAAAUCAAAAUAUCCAGACAUGUUUGGCGGUAAUGAUGCAAGUACAGUUGUAGCUUGCAAUAAUGAAGAUUACCCUUCGACUGGAAGCGUUUUAUGGGAUUAUUUAUACAAUGAACGCGUUAAUCCAGAAACUAUAACAAUGACCAAAGAUGAGUUAUUGGCCGACGGCAGUUUUAGGUUUAGGUGUAAAUUUUCACAAGAUGCAAAUAAAAAUCAAUACAUUGAACAUCCAGCAAAUAGAUUUCAUCCGAUUGUAAACCCUUGUACAAAAUCAAUUUUCGCAGCAUCCCUAGACGUCAAGCUCGUAAAAACACCUAGCACAUGGCACUGUGAUUGUGGUGAUUUUGACAAAACAUCAUGA